AUGUCAGGAAAACGAUGUACAAAUGCUGCUGAUUUUACACGUUUGAUUCAAGCAAGAGACACACCUAUUAUUAUUGAAGAAUUAUUGACAACUGACAUUGAAGAUGCUGCUGAAAAUCUUAAAUUUUUAUUUGAAAAUGUCAAGGCCAUUCCUAAUAUUCAAAAACUUCACUCGAUAACUGUGUUAAAAACUAAUGAAAUUGAGUUUCAACCCAAAGUGGAAGCUCAGGAACCAGUUAACGAUCAAUCAUGUGUUAUCGGUCAAGAUACUCAACUCUCAUGGAAGUUCAGUGGCAUCGGUAAACCAGGAGUAAAAUGGCUCUUCAAUAAUAAACCACUUCCAACCAAUGGCCGCUUUAAAAUAGCUGAUACUGAAGAUGGAACAUCGACACUAUCGAUUCGUCAAGCUGAACGCGCCGAUCAAGGAAUCUAUACUGCUGUGGCAACGAAUUCUGCGGGCGAAGCUGAAGCCAGAACCACACUGUCCAUCAUCAUCAAACCCGUGAUCAUAGUUAAUCUCAGUGGUUCAUUGCAAAUUAUAAAAGCGGAAACCAUGACACUCAGGAUUACCGCAAUUGGAACACCUAAACCAGGCAUUGUGUGGAUGAAAGGAAAUAAUAAAAUCAAACCAAUUGAUCGUAUUCACGAAACAACACAGAACCAAUAUGAUGAUUAUAUAUACACACUGGAAAUCGUAAAUUUACAACCAGAAGAUGAAGGCGAAUAUUCAGCCACGAUUUCCAAUAUUGGUGGAUCACUGCAAUCCAACAGAUGCAAAAUCACUGUUUCGAGUACGUCGCUUUGA